AUGCGUGGACUUAAAGUUUUGAAUCUAAAUGGGUGCAUAGGUAUAACAGAGUUACCUAAUUCUAUUUCAAACAUGGUGAAUCUUGCUGCUUUGAUUUUGGGGCAUUGUGAAGAGCUCCGAUCUGUGCCACCACUAGGAAUGCUCAAGCAAUUGAGGGAAUUGGACCUAUCCAGGACUAAGAUUCAGGAUUUACCUCAAGGUUUGGAGUCGUUAGUCAAACUCGAAAGGCUUAACUUGGACCAUUGCCGAUCUUUCACAGGAAAGAUAAUACCAAUAGGGACAUUUUCCAAAUUGCACCGUCUUCAGCGGCUAGUAUUGCCGCCCUAUGGUACUGUACAAGUUAAUGAUCCAGAAGUGUUGAACCAAUUAAAAACUUUUAUAGGAUGUUUAUGUUUUACGGACUUCUAUAAAAUCUCUGAGUGGCCAGAAUACUAUUAUCUUUAUAUCAAUGAUGACUUCUCAUCUUUUCAUAACUACAUUCCCUUGGUCGAUGAUAUUAGGUAUCGUAAACGAUUGUAUUUCCAUCAGUGUAAGUUCGGUAAAGGGUCAAACUAUCCCGUGCUACUGCUGCCAAGUGAUAUGAAAUGUCUAGAACUCAAGGGAUGUGUCGGCAUGGGCAUUAGGUGCUUGUCAGAUGUUUUUAAGAACUUUACAAGUUUAAAGGACUUGUCUUCUUUGAAGAUUAGUGGUUUGGAUGGAAUAGAAUUCCUCUUGCAAUUUUCCUCUCCUGCUCCACGUGAUCAAUUGAUAGACUCGUCUUUCAGUCCACUGAGAUAUCUGCAAGAGCUGAUACUCUGGAAUUUGCCGGAUCUAGUGGGUCUCUUUUUUGGGGAAUCAGAAGCAUAUUUGCUUCCACCCGGCACCUUUUCUUCCCUGAGGCGUUUGUCGAUUUACAAAUGUCACAACGUGAAACAACUAUUCACAGUGCAGCUGCUGCGGAAUUUUGAAAGUCUAAGAGUAUUUUCUGUCGACGAUUGCAAAGGACUGGCGGAGGUAGCAGCAAAUGACAAUGGUAUAGAACAAGGAGGAGGAGAAGGCAUCCAAUUGACUUCAAGUGAAGCCACCUCCACUGUCAUCCUUCCAAAUUUAAUGUUGCUGGAUCUGAAUAGGCUGCCACAACUGAAAAACAUUUGCAAGGCAACCAUGAUCUGUGAUUCAAUUGAGGAGAUUGUAAUAUUUGAUUGUCCAAAGUUGAAGAGGCUCCCUUUGUUUCUUCCGACCAUCAACAGACUACCAGCUGUUCCUAGCACUCUUCAUAAAAUCAGGGGAGAUAAAGAAGGAUGGGAAUCGUUAGAGUGGGACAAUCCCUGCAUCAAAAAUGCUCUUGAUCCAUUUUUUACCACACAGCGGUGGAGUUGUUGA